GGCGGUGUCGGCCACGCCGGGCCUCGGUUCCCACGUGGUCCGGCCGGGGCGGCUUAGCCACCUGGGUACCCUCGAGGUUCCUCGGCCUGGCGGGGGACCCGCUUCUCGCCGAGAUGCCGAAGGUGAAGUCGGGUGCGAGCAGUCGCCGUCGUGCGCGGCAGGAGCAGCGCGGAGAGCUGAAGCGCGCCGGAGGACUCAUGUUCAACACGGGGAUCGGGCAGCACAUUUUGAAAAAUCCUCUGAUUGUGAACAGCAUUAUCGAUAAGGCUGCUCUAAGACCAACUGAUGUGGUGCUGGAAGUUGGGCCUGGAACUGGCAACAUGACUGUAAAGUUACUAGAAAAGGCAAAAAAGGUAGUUGCCUGUGAACUUGACCCAAGACUAGUGGCUGAACUUCACAAAAGAGUCCAGGGCACGCCUUUGGCUAGCAAACUACAAGUACUGGUGGGUGAUGUGCUGAAAUCUGAGUUGCCAUUCUUUGAUGCAUGUGUUGCAAAUUUGCCUUACCAGAUUUCUUCUCCUUUUGUCUUCAAGUUGUUGCUGCACCGACCAUUCUUCAGAUGUGCUAUACUUAUGUUUCAAAGAGAAUUUGCUCUCAGACUGGUUGCUAAGCCUGGUGAUAAGUUAUACUGCAGACUCUCAAUUAAUACACAGCUGUUAGCCCGUGUAGACCAUCUAAUGAAAGUUGGGAAGAAUAACUUCAGACCACCACCCAAGGUCGAAUCCAGUGUUGUAAGGAUAGAACCUAAGAAUCCACCACCACCCAUCAAUUUUCAGGAAUGGGAUGGCCUAGUUAGGAUCACCUUUGUUAGAAAAAACAAGACACUGUCUGCUGCAUUUAAAUCAAGUGCAGUACAACAACUCUUGGAAAAAAACUACAGAAUUCAUUGUUCAGUCCAUAAUAUUGUAAUACCAGAAGAUUUCAGCAUAGCAGAUAAAAUACAGCAAAUCCUAACCAGCACAGGUUUUAGUGACAAACGGGCCCGUUCCAUGGACAUAGAUGAUUUUAUCAAAUUGCUACAUGGAUUCAAUUCAGAAGGUAUCCAUUUUUCAUAGCUAUUUGGAAAGCUUCUUCAAGGUUACAUGUAUAUAUAUAUAUAUAAACUAUACAAUGAACUGCACUGGGCUUGACUGGUUUUUCACUUAAAAUCACUGUUGUACCAUUGAUUAUUCUGUAUAUUUUAAGGUAAUCAGUUCUAGUAUCAAGUUCUUUUGGUUUUGUGUUUCAUAUACUACACAUAUCCAAUCUACGUAUUAGUUUCAAGUUCAAGAGCCGCAGAUACGCACAACCUUCAAUGUUUCUUACACUUCAUCAUAUAAAGAUGUUAUUUUCUAUUUACUAUGAGUCCCUCUUUAGGCCGUCUGCUCAUUCCCUUAAGUUAAAAUAGGCUCAACUACCCAUACAUUUCUGUACCAUUUAUUACUCACAUGUACAAUAAAAAUUUUUAAUGUUUUUCUUAUU